ACGCUCGCAAACUCAAAACAAAUGACCUCCUCCCUUCUCCACUACCAAAGAAGCCUAGUAUCACCAGUAAAGUUACUAACAAACCAUCUGUUUUAAGAUGGGAUGAUAAACCAAUGAAUGAUGAUACUAUUUUCGACAAUGCA